AUGCCUGAGAAAUUCGGCCGUCAGAUUACGCAAGAGACUGAGUUUCUUAAUAAAAUUUGUAAAUGUGUUUGGAGUGAAGAGAUUGAGCCAACAGAAUUUGAAGAGAAAUGGGGAAAGGUUCUUGCUGAGUUCAAGCUUCAAGACCAUGAGUGGUUGAAGCAGUUGUAUGAGAAGCGUCAAAUGUGGAUCCCAACAUACUUUAGAGAUUCGUUUCUAUGUGGUAUCACGAGGACUACAUCAAGGUCAGAGAGUGAGAACAAUUUUUAUACAAAGUUUACCAAUCCCCAUCCCACUCUAGUAGAGUUUUACAUGAGAUUUGAGAGUGCAUUGGAUGCUCAAAGACAUACUCAAGGUCAAUUUGACAAUGAUUCUAAACACAAGCAUCCAGAAUGUAAGACUUCCUUUGCAUUAGAGAAACAUGCUUCUAAAAUCUACACCGUUUCAGUCUUUUAUGAUUUUCAAGAGGAGCUCGAGAUUGGUUGCUUUCAAUGUGGACUUGAGGAGUACAAGAAAGAAAAUGGGUUUGAAAUCUUUACCAUUAGAGAAGGAUGUAGAAUAAGAAAGUUCGAUGUUAGUUUUAACCCGGCUAACCUAGAUAGUAAGUGUAUGUGCAAGAUGUUUGAGAGGUUAGGGAUUCCUUGUAGGCACAUGGUUUGGGUGUGGAAGGCAAAGAUGAUUGAGUAUAUUCCUGAUGCUUAUGUGCUAAAUAGGUGGACUACUUUGGCAACUAAAAAGCCAAUUUUUGAUUUAGAAGGAAAUAUCUUGGAGGCAUGUGUUAACUUUGUUGAUUGUAAAAGAAUGUUAAAUGAGUUAUGGUCAGAAAUUCACACAUGUGUGAGUUUGGCUCAGAGUAGUGAAGAAGAUCUUACUGAUCUUGUGAAGAAUUUAAAAGGUUUAAGGUUAAACUUGGAAGCUAAGAAGAGUUCUAACAAUCAUGAAAACAAUGGUUCUCCUAGCAAAGCAACAGACAUCAAGCUACUGAUUGGAGCUACCCUUCCUACUGAAAUUGUGGUUAAGCCGCCUAAAAUUUCAAAGAACAAAGACACGGGGGUUCAUGUUCCAGGUACAGGUAGUGACAAACGAUUGAAAGGUGACAAGGAAAAGGCAAUUGAGCAAUGCCAAAAGAAGAAAAGGUUAUGUAGAGGUUGUGGAGAGCUUGGUUACCAUGAUAUCCGGAAUUGCCCACAUAAAGUGAAAGAAAAUUGUAAGUUAUAA